CAUGUUCUGCUCAGGCAUCGAUUUUAUAUCUUUAUAUAUUAUUGUCAUAAACAUGUUUCUGAAUUUUAUUUUUACUAAUAAAGUCCAUUGAAACAAACACUUGUCUAUAAUUUUCUAUCUUCCAGUAAAUUUCUCAUUGAAACAGUCACCGUUUGAAACAUUUCGUUUUAAUGCUAUUCCAAUAAUUUUGGCUGAACAUCUUAUUGCAAGGGAAAAGAUGAUAAUUAAUUAAGGCAUGAUAGAAACUCAACACAAAUUUUUACCAUGCGCAAGACGGCUGUAAACUUAAAUAAGUUUGUGUAUGAUUUUUGAAUGCUAAUCUGUGUGUUAAAUUUGAAUACUGCAGUAAGCUUUUGCGUGAUCUUUGCUAAACACGUACAAAAGCCUUAUAAGAGUUUGUUUCCGUUUGUAACAAUCUAUUCUUAAAAAAAAGAAAAAAAGAAGAAGAUAAAACAACAACAACAACAACAACAACAAAAACAAAACAUUUGUAAUACUAAAAAACGUUUAAAACAAAUAAUGAAAUAAGAUCACUGCAAUGCAUGUUCGUUCUGGAUAUGCUCCUGUACUUACGGUGGCACAAAGGUGACAUGUGUGUGUUUUUAAUUUAUCUCGUGCGCACGAGUUACUAAGUUGUGGCCACGAGAUAAUUAAGUCGUGGGAACGAGAUACUAUGUCGUUGGCACGAGAUACUAAGCCGUGGCCACGAGAUACUAUGUCGUGGCCACGAGUUACUAUGAAUAUAAAAUUGUGAAAUAUAUUUUUUUGCAAAUUCUUGUCUUAUUCUAUAAUAUUUUAUGAAAAAUAUUAAAUGAGAGUUUGAACAUUUUCGAGAACGGAAGAAAACUGCCAAGAAUUUGUUUUGUCAAAAAUUGUCUGUGUAUGUAAAUCAUUCAUGUAAAGCAAAUACAUGUAAUAUUGUUGCGCUACGGUCCAUCUAUAUGGUACCAGGUCCCUUUAAUCUUCUUAAAAAUGUGGUAACGUGCUCAAGACUUGGUGACCAAUAAUCAGACUGGACUGUAGAGAACGAUACUGUACACAAUUAUAACAAUGUUCUAUAUAAAAUAGAAAUUGUUAUGGUUAGGGGGACUGAUGAUACUUGAUUUGGAUGGCUGUCAAAGCCUAUAGAUCCAUUUAGCUGAAAUAUGCUAUUAUGACAUCUGCCAAUAGUGGGCUACUCUGUAUAACACUGUAUGGCUUGGACACUGUACUCCAAAGUACUUGAUAAUAAUUCCUCACUUCUGGAGGUACAUGUAUGCCAGUUUAAGAUUAAAAUUGAGUCACAAAAAAGAAAGACUGUUCACAGUUUACUAAUUUUAAUUAGUGGUAAACUGUUAAUAAAUUCAAAUGUGAAAUAUUCAAAUAACAGUAUUGUAUAUAAUAUCAACACAUGUAUAUAAUUCAGUCUUAAAUAUCCGAUAGCUAUGUCUUACAUAGACUUCACAUAAAUUAUUACCGCGACUGCCGUUUAAUUUCUAUUAAAAAAUGUGGAAACGUAAAUAAAAAGUUUGGUCGAGUCAGUGACCGUAAUAAUGUGAAACAAAAAUUAUAAAGUUCUUAUCAAUUAUUCUUAGACAAUAAUUGAUUAAAUGUAAAAUAAUAAUCUAUAGACUAUGUUUUAUUUUGCCUUAAAAAUAAGUAAAAAUUGCCGUUCAGAAGAACACGACAAUAAUGUAUACUAACCGAAAGUUAAAUGAAAACUGACUGAAGUUGAUCGUUUUCUGGCCUAUUUAUACCAAAUCUGAGAAAACGAACAUAAAAAGGUUCGAAAAAUGUUCAGCUUUACGUUUUGGUCAGUGGACAAUGGUCGAUGUUAGAAAACUGAUCAUUUGACGUUCGGAAACGAUCAUUUCCAUACAGAAAGAAUUCUGUCAACCAACCGAACGUCCGAACAUCAACAAUUCUUAGCUAACGUUCUAUGAAAGUUUACAUAAAAAUAUGAUAAAUUGAUACAUAUAAUAUUUAUAAAAAUGACUAGUACCAUGGAUUGACUAUAAGUUUGUUGCUUUUGAUGAAACAUAACUUUGAAACAAUUUGUUUACUGAGCUUCAGCAGCAAUUGCUAUUGACAACGGAAAUCAUACAACCCAUAAUGCAUUAGCAAACAACAACAACACCUGUCAAAGUUUAUCGAGUAAAAUCACAAUAAAUGCUACUUUUUAGCUAAGUGUACGCUGUUUAUAAGAAAAUAUGUAAACAAUUAAUGAAAUAAAUCAUUACUCUUUAUAAUUCUGACAUUAUUUAUGGUUGUCAGUCUAUGAAAUUAACCAAAAAAAAGCGUUUACCGGUACAUGCAAAAUGUAAACAAUGCCGGUAAUUACUUACGAUUAGAGUAAAACAAGUGCGAUUAUAUCAAUAUUACGAAAAUAAAAUGAGCUUUCAUAAUUGAAGUACUCGCUCCUGUCUGUUAAUUAAGAAACAGUUUUAUGUUUAAAUCAUAUAUUACUAAAUUUUUAUUGCAACACCUUCCCCCAUCAUUACAUUUUCACUGCUAUUCUAUUCUUAUUAAUAUUUUAUGCGGUUCUGUGGAGUCAUAUAUCGAGACAUUAUUUAACCUUUAUACAGAAAUUAGUAUAGUGGAAUUACGCAUAGAUAUCAAUGUUGAUAUUAACUCAUGAAUCAUAUUGAUUUAAAGAAGCUCUUCAGGCAGACAUUGAUAGCUUGGUAGGGAACCAUAAUUGGACAGGGAACCAGAUUAUCCCGUUGCCAACUAGCAUUCGGUGAUGUUUUAAUUUAACGGUAACUAAAACACGCAGCAUUGUGACGUCACAAAAGUUGACGUUACGCAUUAGCAACGUUAUAUUGCACCCGGAAGAUUACAAAGGCUGUUUUUAAACCAUUUAAUUAUGGAAAAUUAAUGGCUAGUGAAAAUCGAGGCUGUUUCGUUUGGCUUAUAAGUUUAAAGAAGUCAUGCAAUGAAAGGUUUGCAAGAUUUCGAAACCGCUUGCGCCAAAGAUACUAUGCAAGAAGAGGCAAGACUCUUGACCCAGUAACCCUGUUAAACGAAACAGGUACUGCCGACAUGGUCGUCGGGAAGAUUGCCGGCAAGGCAAACAAAGUCGUUCCUCAAAACCUGUCAUAUAAGAAUGACGAUGUUGUUGAUAUUGAAAGUGCAACAGUGAGAGAGACCACAGCAGACGACAAACUUGUUGAAGAGUACGUGACAUACAUCAUAGACAAGGCAGCCGACACUCUCAGACAGGAGUUGCCUUGCAACACAACCCCCGUAACAGUGAUGCCAGAUGACGACAACAUAUCAUUGUCCUCCAGUAUCAUCAGCCAAAUUGCUGAUAUGGCUGUAACGGAGAGCUUGUCAAACAUUGUGGCAGAUGCCGACGUCAACCACUCUGCUAUUAGAGCUCCCAGAACUGUCAAAGAAUUCAAGGAUAAAAAGAAGAGGAAAGAAACUACGUGCAUAUGUGUUUAUGUUUGUUUUGUUUUGUUGUUUCGUUUUGAUUUUUUGUUAUGUUUGGUUUGUUUUGCUUUUCUCGUUUUUAUAGUAUUACAUUUGUUUUUCCCAUGUUCUGCUCAGGCAUCGAUUUUAUAUCUUUAAAUAUUAUUGUGAUAAACAUGUUUCUGAAUUUUAUUCUUACUAAUAAAGUCCAUUGAAACAUG